GCCUGAGCUGAUUAGGGGAAACUCGCAACAUGAGCCGAGUUUAGUGCUUCGUUAUCAAGCAGUUGAUCGUUCUCCUCCUCAAGGUGUUUUUAAAGUCAGUAAAAAGGGGCCCUAACAAGGUAGACAAUUUGAUGUUCUCGCCUUCGCGUCUGGCCAUCAGCCGAGAGCAAGUGUCGAUUUGACACUUACUUCGCAUAGGCUUUUGGAUACACAGUGGCUUGGCUUUUUGCAAACUUCUCAUCGUGCUUUAAAAAUGAAGAAAAAUUUUUUCCGCGUGAAGCAGCUGGUGGAUCAGACUGUUUCCAGAGCUGAGCAGUCAGAGGUCUUGACUGAAGAUGUCCAAUCAGCUGAGAAACAUGUAGAACUGCUCAAACAAACAUGUGGAACUAUGUCAAGAAAAAUCAAUAGUGUACUUUCUAAAAAUGAAGGUACCCAAGUGGAUAAAAGACUGAAGAAGAUCCCUGAAUCUGCAAUUGGACACACAAUGAUUGAGUGUGGGGGGCUUUUAGGUGAGAAGUCCAUUCUUAGAGACCUGUUGACUGAUUGUGGCCAAAUAGGAAAUAAGAUUGGAACAGAGAUGUUAGUCCAUGAAGUUGAUAUUGAGAAAAAUGUUGUGGAACCUCUGAGUCUAGUUGAGAAUGAGGCUGCUAACAUCGUCAAGGCGAGACGUAACCUAAAUAAACUAAUCUUAGAUAUGGAUUCUGCAAGAACCAGGUACCGGAACGCACAAAAGCAAGCCAUCAGUGGAGGAAGUGUUGCCAAGGUGGAUGGAAUUAAAGAUGAACUAGAAGAGGCACAAUUAAAAGUAGAAAUGAAUCGUGACGGAUUGGCAGCAGAUAUUUACUCUCUUUUGGCCAAGGAAUCUGACUUUGCUAAGGUGAUUCUGCACUUCGCCGAAUCUCAACGUCAAUACCAUCUUGCUGCUUUGAAAGUAUUAAAUGAACACAUUCCAUUGCUAGAGAUAAGGAAGGAACAUAUUCAGAAACCAGUAUUUGGAUUUGACUUGGACGAACAUCUACGCGUUUCCGGCCGUACGAUUGCGCAUCCCAUAGAAAUAUGUGUUAUCACAUUAUAUGAAACCGGCGUUGAUGAAGAGGGAAUAUUUCGCAUUGCAGGAGGGGCGUCCAAAGUCAGAAAAUUUAGGGCUGCCCUCGAUGCUAAUUUAGCAGAUCUUGGGUUUGCGUUGGAACUUCACGAUGUCCACAUUGUUGCGGGUAUUUUAAAAUCCUACUUGCGCGAACUACCCGAUCCAUUAUUUACCCUUGCAUUGUAUGAUGAUUGGGUCAAUGCCGUCAAGAGCCCCGAUCAAGAAACCCGUCUCAACGCUCUAGGCGAGGUAGUUGAUAAAUUGCCGGAAAGUCGUUGGAACAACAUUCGUUAUUUGAUCAAGUUCUUUCAUGAACUUAGUCGUCGCCACGAGCAUAAUAAAAUGACGUCGCAGAAUUUAGCUAUUGUUUUGGCCCCCAGUCUCCUCUGGUCACCGAACAAUAGCAGUGAUACCCUAAGCUUAAACAUGUCUUUGGCUAAUACGCACGCGUCGGUGAUUGAACAUCUUAUCAUGUUCGCUGAUCGUUUCUUUCCUGGAGAGGUAAAUGUGCUAUAA